UCCCCUCCUUUCCACUCUUGGCAGAUUAAGCCAACAUUUGGGAAUACAAUGCUGCGCCAUCUGCCGGUAGAUAAAAGUCACGCCCAUUCCAACUUUAUCAUCUGGACCAAUGGCAGCACUUGAACACUUCAGUGUGGAGAUGUAAAAUUGAUUAAGUCUAGUGUUUACAAAUUUCGUAAAGCAGGAACAGAUACUAUUCGCUGACAUUCAAACAUUUGCGCGAAAAACAUACACAGGAACUUCUAUCAGUUGAUCAAGAACUUUAAAAUUAUUACUAAAUAUUGUGUGUCUUAUGUUUUCGAGGUAAAGACUUGUUGCAUAACUAGCACGUGGCAAUUGUUUAUUUACAUUUAAUUUUUCUGCAUUUACACGUGAUCAUCUUAAAGGCGCUAUUUGAUUGGAUGCAGCCAGUUACAACUGCUACCAAUGGAAAUAAUUACCUCGUGGAUCCGAAAUUCUAUCUUAAUCCGCCAAGGGUGGAGAGGAGGAGACUGGAUCGUUAAGAAGAGAGAAAUCAAGGCAACAAACAAAAACUAAGGGAAACGCUUUUACCAGCUGUUUAUGUUCAUUUUGAUUGGGUAUGGAAAAAACCCAAGACACGUUGGAUGCCGUAUCUGGUAACAAAGGAGAAACAUUAACAAAAACAACCAUUACCAAUGGAACAGAAAGUAACUCAGGACAAGGUAAAAUAGCCGAAGAACAUUUGAAUCAAGAAGAAUAUACAAUUAGUUCUGGGAUAGCUGUUGUGAUCAAUAACAUUACAUUUGAUACCAGAUUGAAAUUAGGUGAUCGUGUAGGAAGUGAUUUGGAUGCUUCAUCUUUAUUCCAAAGAUUCAUGGAACUUGGUUUCGAUAGUGACCUUUUGAAUGAUGCCACAAAGAAUGACAUGGAUAUGAAAUUUGAUGAGAUUAUAAAAGACAAGGAAAGCCUAAAGACUACAGACUGUCUGAUUGUAGCUUUGUUGACACAUGGCAAUGAGGACACUGUGUAUAUGACAGAUACGUCUAUCAAGAUAAAAUAUGUGAUGGAUUUCUUCAAUGCAACGAAAUGUCCGGAACUUGUUCUGAAGCCAAAAAUUUUCAUAUUACAGGCCUGUAGAGGAUCAGAUCUGGGAGGUGGUGUAGAAAGGCAAGUUAUAAAAAAUAAAGAUCCAAACCAGGCAGAUGCUUCUGCUUCGUAUGUGGAGUAUGACGAGAAAUUCGGAGAAACAAUACGUAUUCCGAAUGAAGCAGAUUUCCUAGCCGUGUAUUCUACUUCAACUGGUUACGGAUCUUUCCGGAACACACAGACAGGGUCACCAUUUGUACGUCACUUGUCAGAUGAGCUUCGAGAGAUGACGAAAGGUGAAAAUUUCUACAAAGUAUUGACCAGAGUUAACAGAAAAGUUGGAAUGGGGUAUAAACCAAACCAUCCAAGCAGUGGUGUUGUUACUCAGAUGCCUUGUUUUAUUUCACAUCUUACAAAAGACUUGGUUUUUAAACAGAAAGAUUAGAACAUUCAUCCACACCAUGAAUUCGUGCAACAAGACUGGUCACAAAUAUAGAAAUUUACAAUGUUUAAAAUACAAUUUCAUUUGAGAAUUUAACUUUUAAUUGAACAGUUGCGCGUAUAUUACACAUGCAAACCAUGCAUUAUUCAAAAUAUAUUUUCUUUGAAAAAAAAGAGCAACUGAAACGAUGGUUGAUAUAUACAUGAGCAUUACGAUGUUAACAACCUCCAACCUGCUUAUUUAACUAUGUGGUAGCAUUAUAACACCUGAAAAUAAAUACACCUGUUUACAACAAGAGUGUCUGCCAAAUGGGAAUAACUAUUAUUUUAUAUGAAAUGCAUUUUGUAUAUUAUCUUGCAAAUUUUAAAGAUGGUAGCUUGUCAAUCCUGAAUGAGAAGAUUAUAGAAGCCAAUCAAUUCUGUAAAAUUUAAUACAUCAAGGUUCCGAUUAACUUAAGUAACUAUAAUUAGUGAAACUUUUUCUUUUGCACUUGGGUAGUUUCUUAUAAGUUUGUUUGGUUAUUGCAUGCUAGUACUUAUAAUUUCAAUUUAAUCCAAUUAUAACCAUUAAGACAUUUAUAAAGUUGUGGUCACAGUAAAAUGUAUAUAGUAAAUAAUUGUUUACUCACUUACUUAUAUCUAAAAAAAGUCCUUGUGCAUAGGAAUAUAAUGCUCGAAUUCUUGAGUUAAUUGAUUCAUGGAACUGUCAAAUAAUCAUGAAAUCAUUAACCAUAAGUAAUAAAUUGUGAUUGAAAUAUUCAGAAAAAGACAGACUUUCGUUUUCGGUUAAAAAUAUAACAAUUUAAAACUGACAAGACAUUAUGAAAGACGAAUUAUAAUCAGUUGAUAUGCCAAUAUGCAAGUAGCAUGGGUAAGUGUAACCUUAACCACAUUUCGUGUGUAUUUUAUCUUGGAAUUUAAAAUUUUAUGUAGGUUCCAGUUGUAGGCAUGCUAUUUGAAAAUGCCCAUUCAAUCUCAUUGUGAGAUAAUCAAUCUUUAAAGUUUUGAAAAACAGAGAUUGAAAUAUGAUAGGUUGUGCAUAAUCGAAUUUUAAAUGACAUUUUAUCAUGACAGAUAUGACCAUGACAGAUUUGAUAUGACAUUUUAUUAAUAAAGUCUUUUAUAUUCAUAAAAUAUAUAAGUUAUUUUAAUCUAUUGUUCAGGUAAGCAGGUAAUCUUACAUUCCUCGUGCUGAACAGGAAACACAUAUUGAUCACUUGACGUUAAUAAAACAAUAAACAACCAAGCAAUGUAAUAUCCAUGUAAUACAAAUGGAGAAUAUGUGUUUUUUGUUGAUAUUCGUGUUUUUUUAGUUUUGACUUACAUUGUUUUGCCUUCACUACCAGCUGUAAUAUGAAUUAGGACUACCGUUAGUGAACUGAUACAUUAUGUGUUAAUCUAUUUUGUUUCUGAUGAAAUUUCUGAUGAACUAAUGAAAAAUAUCAUCCAGA